AUGUAUCGCCAGGUCUGGGUAGCAGAAGAAGACCAACCACUGCAGAGAAUGUUAUGGCGAAACUCACCUUCGGAACCGCUUCGUACAUACGAACUUACUACCAUCACAUACGGUACAACGACCGCUCCGUACCUAGCGACACGCUGUCUACAACAAUUAGCAAACGACGAAGCAGUUUAUUUCCCGCUUGCUGCUCCCGUAAUCAAGAAAGGAUUCUACGUUGAUGAUUUGCUGUUUGGUUUCGAUUCACUGGAGGAAGCAACAGCAGCAUCUAAUGAAACGUCGCAGAUGUUGGCGUCAGCAGGUUUCGUUCUUCGUAAAUGGUCUUCGAAUCACUCAGAGAUCCUCGCACAAUUUCCCGAUGACUAUCGAGAGAAGUCAGCGAUCUUAGAAUUAGAUCGCUCUGCGCCAGUAAAGGCACUCGGCUUACUGUGGAAGCCAGAGUCCGACGAGUUUCUCUUCAAGAUUCCGGAGUGGCCUGAGCGACCAACAUCGACCAAGCAAAUUAUUCUAUCACACGUGUGCAGCUUAUUCGAUCCGCUGGGACUCAUAGGUCCAGUAGUAGUUCUCGCUAAGAUGCUUAUCCAGACACUUUGGCAUCGUAACAUUGGAUGGGAUGAUCUGAUACCACACGAUCUUCACGAUAAAUGGACUGAGAUUGCUCGUCAGCUUCCCCUUCUCAAAGAUCUCACGAUUCCUCGUUUUCUACUCACUAAUAAUGUUGCAUCCCUUCAAUUACAUGGUUUCGCUGACGCAUCGCAGCGUGCCUAUGGCGCUUGCAUCUACUUCAGUUCUGUUUCCAGCUCCGGUACUAUAACGUCGCGCUUGAUGGCUGCUAAGUCUCGAAUUGCCCCCUUGGAAAAACGUCGGCCCACGCUUGCGCGAUUAGAGUUAUGCGCAGCGCUGCUUCUGGCGAAUCUGCAGAGAAAGGUCGUGAGGUUCAUUGUCCGAUCUACCUAUGGUCUGAUUCUACGAUCACACUCCACUGGAUUUCUGGUCAGCCUUCGUCAUGGAACAGCUUUGUAG